CGCAGAGCGGUGAUGGCGGCCGCCGAGAAGAGCACGAAGGAGAAGCUGAUGUCCGUGCUGGAUGAUGUGGAGGUUCUGUCCAGAGAAUUAAUAGAACUUUUGGCACUUUCACGGAACCAGAAGUUAAAUCAACCUGGGGAAGAAAAUCAAAUUUUGGAACUUUUAAUACAAAAGGAUGGAGAGUUUCAGGAACUUAUGAAGGUGGCAUACAGUCAGGGCAAGAUUCAUCAAGAAAUGCAGCUCCUGGAGAAGGAAGUUGAAAAAAGGGACAGUGAUAUCCAGCAACUACAGAAACAGCUGAAGGAGGCAGAACACAUACUGGCCACAGCGGUAUACCAAGCAAAAGAAAAGCUGAAAUCAAUAGACAAAGCAAGAAAAGGUGCCAUCUCGUCUGAGGAACUGAUUAAAUAUGCCCAUCGGAUUAGUGCAAGCAAUGCAGUGUGUGCUCCACCAACGUGGGUUCCA